GUCUUAAAAAGUUUGGUUUAAGCUUGUAAAGCGUGCAUUUACUUAAGAUAUUUUUUUCCUUUCUUUAAUAUGAAAGUCGUUGGUUUAGUUAGCGGUGGAAAGGAUAGCUGCUUUAACCUAAUUCAAUGUGCUUCUCAAAGGAAUGAUAUUGUUGCUUUAGCUAACGUUUGUCCUCCUAACGGUUUAGAUGAAAUGGACAGCCAAAUGUUCCAAACAGUAGGCCACGAAAUUGUGGAGCUUUUGGCGGAGGCUAUGGAACUUCCAUUGUAUAGGAAAGUAAGUACUGCGCUGGCUUUAAGUUCGGAGAUUUUCUACAAUCCAACUGAAGGGGACGAAGUGGAAGAUCUUUUUCACUUGUUAUCCGAAGUUAAACGUCAGCAUCCGGAAAUCGAGGGUGUGUCAGUGGGCGCUGUAUUAUCCACAUAUCAAAAAAACCGUGUAGAAAAUGUUUGCACUCGUUUGAAGUUGGUGCCUUUAGCAUUCCUUUGGCAGAAAAACGAAACUGAUUUGCUUAAUGAGAUGCUUUUGAGCGGCUUGAACGCAGUUGUGAUCAAAGUGGCUGCUUUAGGAUUAAAUCCUUCUCAUUUGGGAAUGACUUUAAAAGAACUACAGCCUCAUUUGCUAGAAAUGAAUGAAAAAUACGGGCUCCAUGUGUGCGGGGAAGGGGGAGAGUACGAAACUUUAACGUUAGAUUGUUCUCUUUUCAAGAAAAGAAUUCAACUUGAUGACUAUGAGAUUUUGCCGUUAUCGAAAGAUCCUUUCGCCCCUUCAGCCUUUCUGAAAAUCCAUUCAGCCAGUCUACAUUUAAAAGAAAACUAUAAAGACACGGGAUUUAGAAAAAAAGUUGUGCACGUUAAGCAACCUCUUACCUGAGUUAAAAAGAAGUUACCGUAACAAUAUUUAUGUCAAAAAAUUGGACUAUAUAUGCACAUUUUGAUAGUUAAUUUUUCACUUGGUCCCGCAUAUGUAUAUAGUACUACUAGCUAGCAAAACCCCUCUCCCAUCGCACCAACCCGAAAUUCAAGGCGGAUCGAAUACGUUAACAAAAGACACCUUUCCAACAAUGUUACUUUAGUUCAAAAAACCCGUUAUUUAGCCAUGUUUUGAACUGUUCAAUGACUGUUCUAACGGUUCUGGAAUCGAACUAGAUUGCUAACUUUUAUC